AUGAACCAGGACGCGCACCUCGCGGAGGCACUAAAGCUGCGCAACGUGUUGGCGCAGUUCGUUGGAAACACCAGGCUCGUCGGCUUCCCCGAGCAGAUGAUCACUGACAGAAGCGGAUCUGUCGCGUCGUUUGCGGCGCUUUCCGAGCAGGUUUUCGGGACAAUCGUGCAGCGUUUCAUGGCCAAGCCGCUCAACGUGCGCUUCCACUACGGGCACCCCGACGUCUGGGACCUGACGUGGGUGCGCGGGAACGGCGGGGUGUCAAAGGCUUCUAAGCAGCUGCACCUGUCCGAGGAUAUCUUCGGCGGGAUGAACCUGAUGCUCCGCGGCGGGCGGGUCAAGUACCUUGGAUUCAAGAUGGUGGGCAAGGCGCGGGAGGUUUCCUUCGACGGAACCAACCAGUUCAACUUCAAGAUCUCGUCGGGGAACGGCAUGCAGCUCAUUAGCCGCGACUUCCACCGCCUCGCAAAGAACCUCGACCUGUUCCGGAUGCUCUCCUUCUUUCAGUCCAGCGCUGGAAUCUUCUUCACCGAGUGGAUGCUCUUUGCGUCACUUUUUGCGUUUGUCGUUUGCAAGCUCAUGAUCGCGAUGCUGCACGUGGAGACCUUCUUCAGCGCGGGCGACGCCUUCGACUCCGUCGGAUUCCACGACGAGCCCGGCACAGAGGUACUCUAUCCGUCGCAGUGGAUGAUCCAGGCGACGCUGGUGAUGGCCUGGCCGUCCAUGCUGGAGGGUUGGCUUGAUGGAGGGUUCGCAAAGAUGUUCACCAGAUUUUUUCAGCAUGCACUUGCUGGCGCUCACGUGUUCAACAUGUUCAUCGCCAAAACCAGGGGGUACGCCAUUGACCACACGGUGACCUCGGGUAAGGCGUUGUAUCAGGUGACGCGCCGCGGCAUGCGCAUGCGGCACUCUUUCGUCAGCCUGUACACGCGGUACGCAGUCAGCCACAUAACUCCCAGCGCGGAGAUGGCUGCUUAUGUCGUCAUGCUCACAGCUCUGUCCCGGUUCGGGCCCAUGUACGUUUUCGUGAUGACAACCUGGCACGUGUGGUUCGCGAUCACGUGCCUGAGCCUAGCGCCGUGGUUGUUCCACCCU